AUGUAUGGCAGUUUCAGGGGAAAACAUACGUAUGAUUUAGAAGAGGAAUUUAAUAAAGCAUAUGAGGCCGCACAUCUAAAGUGCUCGAAAGAGGAGUUAGUAGCCUAUGACGAGACUCUCAACAAAAAAGGACAACACAAAAGGCCAUCGAAUUCCUACAUCAUCUUCGCGAAAGAAUAUAACAAACAAAUGAAAAUUGAUGGCCAAUUCGAUACCCGCAAGGGUGGAGCCAGAAGCGGAAAUAAGCAAGCCGGAAUCGAAUGGAACAAAUUGAACAAGAAAAGCAGACGGGUGUUCAAAUUGGCGUCUAAAGUGAUGAAAAGUCGUUUCUACGACGCCCACCCAGGUUAUAAGUACGAGCCAAGAGCACCUAAUACUAAUCGACGUGGACGGACCAAAUUUCGUGCUUGGACGAACAAGCAAGAAUGUGUCCAAGUUCCGUCGUCAGAAAGUUUGGCUGAGGCGGUAUCACCAAGUAGAAAGGAACGGACGGAGGACUCGACUAGUAAUCUUGCCCUUGAUAUGACAUCGAAUGCUACUCUCUCGGAUUCUAUGAGUGAUAAUUUCUCAGAUGACAAUUUCUCGGACGAUAAUUCAGUCAAUAUCAAUAAUUCCUCGGAUGUAGUUUCAGCUUACGAUAACAGCUUCUCGGACGAUAAUUCAGUCAAUAUCAAUAAUUCCUCGGAUGUAGUUUCAGCUUACGAUAACAACUUCUCGGACAAUAAUUCAGUCAAUAUCAAUAAUUCCUCGGAUGUAGUUUCAGCUUACGAUAACAGCUUCUCGGAUGUAGUUUCAGCUUACGAUAACAACUUCUCGGAUGUUAUCUGCGACAACGAUUAUACCUUGGUUCCAUACAGUAGUUUCCCGUUUGGGGUACCCGUCUUUACCACCAUACCAUUGUAUCCAGACAUCAAUCGUGAAAAUGAAUAUGUAUGGUAUUCUUUAUUACUCGCUACAUCAGGUAUUUCCAAGUACUGA